AUUUAGCAAAUGAUUAUAAAACACUUAAACUUACACGAAAGUGAAUAAAUUGUUAAAUAUAAAAGUGCUUACCAUAAUAGAUAUAUGUAGAUACCGCGUGAAUCAAAUGUAAAAUGUUUAAAAAUUAAUUACAACUUUCGACAAAUAGUAUGUAAUGCGUACUGAUGUGUGCGGCGCUGUGGCUGUUGCUGCGUACACAACACGUAGGAAACACGGAAUAUUGUGUGCACUUUUCAAACAAGUGCAAGCGAGAUGGCUAUUGCUACUAGAAUCAUUGUAUACAACAUCUUUCAUACACAUACAUACAUACAAGGCAAGUAGCGCGCGAGCGCUCUUGUAGCCGACAUUGCUCUAGCGACUAUAGAGCAUAAAGAAAUAAAACAAUUUCAAAAAUAUAUAAAAAUCUGUCGUGAUUGUAAUUAUGAGAAAUAACAUACCAAGAAUAUAUUAAAUACAACGAAACAAUGAACAUUUGUAAUAUGGAUAAAAACUAAUUUAUACAUACAUAUAUGUGUGUUCAUAAGUACAAAAACUUAUAUAUGUAUAUUAUGUAGACACAAAUGAAAACAGUUUCAGUUUAAAACAUGGUCAAUAAUAUGCAUUUGUGUUCAAAUAUACGUGUUUUUUGUUUAGUGAAGUACAUAAGUGCAAGUAUGAACCUUUCUGACGGAGUGAUGAAAAGUGUAAAAGAUGGUGUCGGGCGGUGGAUAGAGAAAGGGGGAAUGAUAAUGCUAUGUAUGUAUUUAUGUACAAUUUACAUAUGUUUAAAUGAACACGCAACAUAAAUAUAUAUCAUACGUUUUUUGUUCAUAUGUGUAAAAUUGUCCAAAAUUCUUAACCGAUUAGUGCAUUUUACUCUACAACAAACCGUUUGGCUGGUACUAAAAUUAUUAUUAGGUGGAGUGGUAUUUUAUAUUUCAUCUUUACUAUGAAAGCUUUGAUGGCACCCACAGCAUUAAUAGCUAAAAUAGAAACAACAGACAAUUAUUGAUACUAUAGAAAGGCGCAAGCACACACAAAAAGAGAAACAGCUAAUAAUAAUUUAUUGACAUGGAUACCAACAAUACAAACUCAACUGGAACGCCGGUGUUAAAAUCGCUUGCUGCCUCAAGCGUUCUACAGGAGUCACGCGCUCUUUUAACGCAACUCGACAGUGUAGAGGCAGCUAAAGCGGUUAUUCCUGUGAACUCGGCUAUCGUGAGUGCCAACAAAAAUCAACAACAAGAUGCGACGAACACACUUGGUACGAUUGCAGUUGUAAGUGAUCAACCAGUCACUUCAACACUUACGUCGAUAACAAUGCCAAACACAACGGCCGUGGGACUGAACCUGCCGCCACCUACACCGAAUUUAAGUGUUGCAGGAUCUGCAACUGAUGUUGAUUUAUUGAGUUGUUUGCUCCCAGCGCCGCCUUCAUUUGUAACUGCAGGACUAAUACCAACGUCAACACCACCACCUCACACUUCUUCAGACCAAACAGCACUAACGCCUGCACCAUGUGCAAGUGAUUUUGACUCUGACACGGAAUUGUCAAUCGUAGCAGCAACAGCUGCAACAGAAGUUGCGUCCACAGUAGACAACUCGGCCACUUCACCAAUCUCCACCUUGUCGUGCGCACCAGUUCAAACUGCAUUAUUAGCAACCACAAACGGCCACAUCAAUAGCAACAACACCUCCAGUAGUUGUCCUCAACUGAGUCUUAACACAAAACAGCAGCGCCAACAAAAACGUCGGCGUGAGCGAGCCCAGCGCCUGCAGGCAGAGCGCGAUAGUCGAUGCAAUUUAAGUGCAUUAAGUGGCACUCUAAUUGCAGGAUCUGUUGGUGUUAGCGUUAGCCUUGGUAUUGGCGCUGCUACUGGUGGUAGCAGUGGCGGUAUCAUUGGUUCGGUAACUGCACCUACCAUAAUAAUGGGUAACUCUAGCGCAGUGGCUCCUGGGAAUAGCUUGCUAUACAACCUCAAUAGUGCUGGUAGUAUGGGCGAAGAUAGCAAUAAUUCCAAUGGAAACUUUACUAGCAGUAGUAACGGCAGUAACAAUUUACUACCACCUACGGACAGCAUUGCAUCACUGCUAUUAAAUCCGCCACAUUCGCCCGAAUGUAAUUCUGGUCUUAUGGCCACCCCUAGUGACAGCGAAGGUGAAUCACUGGAUGAAGAUCUCCUUUCAACAUCAUCAUCGUCAACAUUGCUGCUUCCGCGCGAUAAGCCCCCCCCAAGGCCGCCACCUCCAGUUCGCCGAAAAUUGCCAAGAUCACCUGUCCUAGAAGAGGAAAUUAUUGAUGGAUUUGCCAUAUUAGAGUUUAAAACUUACGAAGAUCUUGAGUUUGCUAUUAAAUUGGGUCAAAAACGCAAGGAAAAACGGCUUUCGGCAUUAGAAGAACUGACGUGCACCUAUAGCAUAGAGGAGAUGAAAAUGCCAAAGAUCAUCGAUACUGGCCAACCGCACACACUGCGAACUACCAAUCUCUCCAGUUUGUCUAUUGUAAGCAACAAUAAUUUAAAAGAAGUUAAUCACCACCAACAUCGCGGUGUCGGUGCUGGGAUGGGGGGCACAAUUGUGGCUACGUCUAACAGCAUUAGUACUAACAUUAACAAUAAUACAGCAAGUAACAACAAUAGCAAUACGGUAUAUACUGUGCCAUUGGCAAGCAUGUGUAACGCACCGGACACGGAAGCAGAUAAUUGGGUGGAAGAUCCAUAUCGACAACAGCAGGAUCAGCUAAGCGGGAGUGCCAGUACUAUUAGCAUUGACAUUAACAGCAAUGCAAAUCAAAAUCAAAUUAGUAAUAAUCAACAUUUGAACCAUUUAACCCAAUCUAAGCAAACCGCAUCCUCUGUCAUCAACAUAAACAAUACGACUAUCCCAGGAACCGUAAAUACUGUCAUUGAUAGCUGCCUUCUGGAUAAUGGUAAUGCAAAGCUAUCCAUUGGUUCGGUCGUGCCACACAUAAAUCUAAGUGAUAAUGGAAAUGAAAGUAGUAGUAGCGAGAGUAAAUCUCAAAAUACCACCAAGAAUGCUAACCAACCAAAUAGUGUGGCAGUAGAAUAUAUUAGCAUUAAUAGCACAAAUUCAACUGAGGCUGCCACAUUAAAUAGUCGUCUAAAGGUUAUUUCGUCCUCAUGUCCAAAAAUCAAAAAGCUGAAUGGUUUAGAAUGCAGUGAAGCCGAUGUAAUUGCAACAGAAGCAGUCGCAGCGGGACUGACGUUGGAAAUUCAAGACUUUACGAACAGUUCAUCGAAGGUUAUAGGGACCAGUCUUUUGCUUCAAAAGGAUAACGAUCUAAAUGAAAAUUUUACUGAUAAUUCAAAUCACUGCACUAACAACUUCAACGAAACUAAUAUCUGUGAUAAGACUAACGGCGGGAUUACGAAUCCAGAAAACUUGGUAGCUUUUGUUUUCCCUUCAACGACAACCCAUGUGUCAAACGAUGCGCUUCAACAAUCAUCAACGCGCAAUUCAACGGAAUAUCCACAACCACAGACUAGUAGAACGAAAUGUGUAACUGCAAAUGUGUGUGGCAACGAUAUACCGAUAUUGUCGCAAGAAAUAAAUACACUGUCAAACACUUUACCUGGUGUUGGAGCAAAUGGGUCUCUUACAGUUGCCGGCGAGAGUAUUACCGAGUCUGCUAGCUUACAACAAACCGUCAGUGUGGUACCACCAACACUUUUAACGACGAAACCUGCAACAGGCCAUGGGAAUAAUCAAAAGCUAAGUACGGGAACAGAUAAUUUAUCGCAUACCAUACACGAUCCAGCUGCAACAUCUGCACAAGUUACUAGCCUUAGUAUUUCCGCGGGUUGCGAGUCAUAUCUUACAUCAGAAGCUGGACGAUGCGGACUUGAAUCGACGUCAUCUGUAAAUGCUCAAGGAAUUACUAUAAGCAACAAAAUGGUUACGUCGCUUGGGAUGGAAACUCCAGUGCAAAAGCCUACGAUUCCUUUGGGUACUCCCCUAACCUCCGUCACAAUAGCACCAUUACAUGGUUCAUUCGGCGAGCGAACUUCCAAUUUAUUGCUCGCAGCCAACAUUAAAUCUAAUGAUAAUGCAAUGCUGAGCAUGGAUGGGCUAGCAACAACUGCUUCCCUAGAUUCACAGAAGACCACUAAUAGCGCAGUACCCACGUCUACAUCCCCAAUUGCUAAUGGAUUCCUUUCUGGUCAUACAGCUGUCAGUUGUGCAACAUCAAAUGUUGGAAGUGUUCUAUCGCAUAUCGCUCCACACUCGGGAAACAAGAUGCUUUCUGUUCCUAUGACUUUGCCACCUAUUACGGCAGUUAGUUCUGGUGCAGCUGCUGCCUCCUGCAUUGCAAAAACAUCACUUAGUACAGGAAGUAGUCCAGUUGGGGCUGCAAGCUCUUCAUUGGUAUUUCAUGGUGCACCCCCACUGAUGCCUCAUUCGGGUGCAGGCCUACCUAUGCUAAUUCAAGCCACACCAUACCGUACUCCCUUUCCCCACUAUUCAGCUUUAUAUACACCAUAUAAUAACAUAGCACAUGGACAAUACCUGUCGCAAGUGAUACCAAUAGGGUCUUCUAAUACCUCGUCGUCGCCUCAGCGUUCGGAUACUCGCAACAGUCGAGAGUCGGCGACAACAUCAUCUUUAAAAGCACCAGUAACAAGUGCAUCUACACAGCAUCAGCACAGUGUCAGCGGCAUCGGAGGAAUGCGACCUAUUACGCCACUUGGUUAUGUGAUUUCCAAUAAUAAUACAACCCAGAUAUUAGGGACAAUGGCUACAACAACGUUAACGACAGUACCUUUGUUAAAUUCGACGCACUCACGACACUUAACAGCUAACGCCGCAGGUGCGUUUGGGGUAACAACCACCGGACCAGCUAUUGCAACAUCACAAUUGUCUACAAACUCCGGAAUUUCAGUUGGGGCUACUUCACAAUUACAACCAUCUGCACCAAUGCAAAUGCUUCCACAAACUGGGUAUCCAACCCACCUUCCUCAGGUACUAAGCUCAUAUCCACAGUUCGCACCUUCAACGUCGACACAACAGCAGCCACUUUUACGUUGUACUACCACUUCUGCUAAUGGCAUAAGUAAUACUUCAGUUCUUACUGUACAAAGUUUAAUGACGGCGAUGCCAUCGACGUCAAUAGCAGCAUCUAUAGCAUCGUCAUCUGUGAUUCAAAAAAUAGUUUCUCCCAAAAGCGGGAGCCCUAGCAGAGAUCGGGACACAAGCUACAGCAUUACAGCCGUGCGUCCAAGUAAUAGCGUGUCGGUGUCAGGCGGACCACCAGGCAUUACGUUUGGCCCAGCAUUUUGCAGCUUAGUUUCGUCGACACCCUACAGUGCCGUUUCUGCUUCGUCAUCGACUACGUUGUCAUCAGCAACACAUUCACUUCUAGCAGUUGGCGGACAUAGUAUAUCUGCAUAUACUACAAAGACAGGACUCUGGUUGAACCCUUCAGUUAUGCAGACCGCGGCAAUGACAUGUACACCAUCAAUUCCCAUUGUGACUAGUGGCAACGUUCGACCUUUACCCUCACCUCUGAACUCUGUUGCCACAGGGACACCUGCACGAGUAGCUGGAAAUGCAAUUUCACCUCAAGCGGUACAUUCCACUGUUGGCAGUGGGCAUGUUCCAAUCCCUAAUUUUCAGGCCACAUAUUUUGCUACGCCCCAUGCACCAUCACAUUCAUCUUCAGCUGCCACCAUUUCCAUUGCAGCAAGUAGCAACAGUUCAGUUUCUCAUUUACCUUUAGUACCCCACACAACGGCUGUUAUUGCGACGAUGACCACAGCGACAACGACGACAUCAUCAAUCAGUACAAUGGGUAAUACACAAUCAAAUGUAGCAACGGUAACCACAGCAGUUACACCUACACCGCACCCAUUUUCCGCAGAAUCUCUUUUCCAGCCAAGCAAAAAUGAUCAAGCGGACUUAUUGCGACGCGAGCUUGACAGUCGCUUUUUGGAUCGCUCUGGCUUAACCCAACCUUCCCCAGCGUCCUCGUCGACAUAUUUGCGGCAAGAAUUGCACCAUCAUCAACAUCAGCACACGCACCUGCAUCAGCAUUCUCAGCUUAUGCCGGCGCCACCUAUGUCAGCCACAACCACUGUACUGCCGCCCACGACACCCACUUCAGCACAGAUUUUUCCACCACCACUAUUUAAAGACAUUCCCAAGGUAGCUGCAGUCGACCCGCAGUUUUAUCGUGCUGGUAUCGGACUACCUCCUGGAUAUACGGGAUAUAAUCCAACAGGUCUUUUGCAUAGUGGUUUGGGGGGACCAACUCCAUUUAUGCCACCCAAUCAUUUGACUACAUUUGCCCCAAAGAAAACUGGACGUUGGAAUGCUAUGCAUGUCCGAAUUGCGUGGGAAAUUUACUAUCACCAAAACAAACAAAAUUCUGAAAAAACUGUGUCCAUUGUGGGUUCUAGUCUUAACAACAACGGUAGCAGUGUAAACUCUGGGACUUCUGGUGCAACUAGCAGCGCGCUCAGUAUAAACACAGCAGCUACCGGGGGUAUACCUGCAAGCAACAUAGCUGUUUCCGCGACCAGUGUGGUUGUGGCCAGUGGAUCCGCAACAUCACUAAGUAUGAAACCCUCGCCUGCGUUGACUCUAAGUUCAACGUCACCGCACCUUCUACAUCGAUCAAGUGAACUGACAUCAGCUGCGUAUGCCAGAUCGCCAUUUGAAGCUUCACCACUAGCUGCAAGUUUCCUAGGUGCACCACCUAGUCAUAUCGGUACAGCGGUUUCCCCGUUCGGCCGGUACGUGGGAUCAUUCGGAUUUGCCGGUCUAACACAUUUUGGACGGGAUAUUACAUUGGGUGGACAUUUGGAUACGUGGAGCUGGUAUUUCUUGGCCUCGCCGGUCCAGCUAUUUUGCUUUCCACCCAUUUUCCGUCCGUCGAUAAUUUAAAUUUAUCCGUACCAUUUCUAAACAUAUUUUUCGUACAUUUUGGAAAAUGAGGAGGAAAUCCAUCAAAAAAAGAACCAAAACUUGGUAUCAAUGAGAAUAUUUAAGGAAAAAUAAACUUUCGUUCAUUAAACCUUUAAUAUUAAUAGGGAUAUAUUUUAGAACACUAGAUUUUGCGAAAACUGUAAAUAAACGUCUUGAAUGAAUUUUCCUUGAAUAAAAAUGUAUUUCCGUAA